GGGGGUGGCUCGUCCACUCGGAGGGGCGUAGGGUUUCCUUCAGGACCUUGGUCAAGUUUUGGAAGAGGUCUGAACUCCCACAUCAACCAUGUCGGACGCGGUGGUUAGUUUUAUGAAGGACUUUUUGGCCGGUGGCAUCGCCGCAGCCAUCUCCAAAACAGCUGUCGCCCCCAUUGAGCGAGUCAAACUGCUGCUCCAGGUCCAACAUGCCAGCAAACAGAUCACAGCUGAGAUGCAGUACAAGGGAAUCAUGGACUGUGUGGUAAGAAUCCCCAAGGAACAGGGCUUCAUUUCCUUCUGGAGAGGCAACCUGGCCAACGUCAUCCGGUACUUCCCCACCCAAGCCCUCAACUUCGCCUUCAAAGACAAGUACAAGAAGAUCUUCCUGGGCGGCGUGGAUCAGAAAACGCAGUUCUGGCGUUACUUCGCAGGUAACCUGGCCUCCGGAGGCGCGGCCGGCGCGACCUCGCUCUGCUUCGUGUAUCCGCUCGACUUCGCCAGGACGAGGCUGGCUGCAGACAUCGGGAAGGGCUCGGCCGAGAGGGAGUUCACCGGCCUUGGCAACUGCAUCUCCAAGAUCUUCAAAACCGACGGCCUCAAGGGCCUGUAUCUGGGAUUCAACGUGUCGGUGCAGGGUAUCAUCAUCUACAGAGCGGCUUACUUCGGAUGCUUCGACACGGCAAAGGGUAUGCUGCCAGAUCCCAAGAAUACGCACAUCAUCGUCACCUGGAUGAUCGCACAGACCGUCACCGCUGCAGCAGGUAUCAUCUCAUACCCCUUCGACACCGUCCGACGUCGUAUGAUGAUGCAGUCAGGACGCAAAGGAGCUGACAUCAUGUACAAGGGCACAAUGGACUGCUGGAAGAAGAUCAUGAAAGACGAGGGAGGAAAUGCCUUCUUCAAGGGUGCCUGGUCCAACGUGAUCAGAGGCAUGGGCGGUGCCUUCGUGUUGGUGUUGUACGACGAGAUCAAGAAGUACGCGAACUAAACUCGUAACCCUAGUCCCCGACGAAACCCUACACUGUGUUUAAGUCUUAUUUAUUGUGCUAUGGUGAUACCAACUUGGUGAAAUACAAAGUGGACAUGAAGGCUACCACUCCUGCGCAAGUACGCCUGUAAUAGGUGGACAGGCGUACUUGACCUGGGUUAUAGUCUGGCGUCAGAAAACGUGUUUACAUCCCAUCUACAAUUUGCAAAAAGGCAGUCUUAAUAUGAGAUCAGGUGGAGAUGACGACAUGAUACAGAUGAUAACAAAUAUGCUCCUUAUGUUUGUGAAGCUGCUGUUCAGGCCCAUAUGUUGUGACCACUGACCUUUGUAUCCCACCUCAUAUACUAUUUUAUUAAGAAUAAAGAUUUAUUAGUCUAAUAA